ACAUCCUUCAAUUUGAGCUCAGCCGUCGCGGGGAGCGCACUGAAAGGGGGGGUCCUGUCUUUACAAGCCUUUAAAGGUAGAUCCUUCUGGAUUUAUUUUUUUCUUUAACUCAAGAAUUUACCCAUCCCAGACCUGGAUUUUUAAACCUCCACAACUCUUCAAGGUUUUUCUUUUUUCCAUUUUUAUUUUUUGGGGGUUUAUAAAAAACUUAAACAAAAAAACAAGAUGGGAUCCCAGUUGUCUAAGGGUGGAGUAGCUGCUGAAGGGAAAGCCGCCGCCGCCGACCCUACUGCUGCCAAAGCCAACGGCCAGGAGAACGGUCACGUCAAAACCAAUGGAGACGUCUCUGCUAAGCCUGACGGGGAAGUGGCUGCCGAUGGCAACGGGACCGCCGAGCCCACCAAGGACGGCGAAGCGAGCACCGGGGAUGCGAUCGAGCCCGCACCAGCCGCGGAGGGGGAGGCAGCCAAAGCAGAGGGCGAGGCUACCAAGGAUGCCAAGAAGAAGAAGAAGUUCUCCCUGAAGAACUCUUUCAAGUUCAAAGGCAUCUCGCUGAAGAAGAGCAAGAAGAGCAGCGAGGAGGGCAAGGAGGAGGCCACGUCCCCCACGACCGAGGACAAACCAGAGGAGAACGGCCACACGGCCAAGGAGACCAAAGAAGACACGCCGGCCGCAGAGGCUAAAGAGGGCGAGGCCGCAGCCGCCGCUCCAGAGGGAGAGACCAAGGCCGCAGAGGAGGCCCCACCGACAGAGGCCGCACCCGCCGAGGAGGCUUCCGCUCCCGCCGAGGGCUCAGCACCUGCAGCCUCUGAGGGUGAAGCCAACGCUGAGUGACUGCCCUCCCACUCCUCCACACCAGGACUGAAUUUCCGAAAUUAAAGUAUAUAAAUAUAUAUAUGAGAGACUCGUGCCACGUUCUCAAAGUUUAAACAAAACAGAAGACGACAACGGAUUUAUCACAUUUGCUGAUUCAGCCGCCAGUUCACUGCCUUUUAUUAGUUCUUCGACAGACAGGAACCUCACCGGGCCCUCUCAUGACGUGUGUCGCCCCUCCCCCUCACGGUACACACGGGGACCUCCAUGCGUAAAAAGAUGGAAUGCAGAGCGCACCAGGAGUACUGACUUAUUCUUUCCCCUCCUCCCCGAUCCACGAAGAGGCGUCCUCUUCAGCAGCAGCGUGGCAGCCCUAUAACAUUCUGUCUUUUCUCAUUUUGUUGGGAUCUACAAAUCAGCACGGGACAGACCCAUCUCCUCCACCGGAAAUGACUGUUAUAUGGACACAUGAAUUUUUCAAAUGAGCUUAUUGAUUUUUACAUUUUACAUUCCUUAAGUCUUUCCCCCCCGACCCCCAGUUUCAAGUAUUUUGUCAUGUAUAGAAAAGUGGAAAAACUUGUGGAGGGGAGGUGGAAAAAGAGCUAUGUCUUUGUGCAUUUUGAUUCUUUUUCUGGCUAAAACCACAUUCAAGCUACUUGGAGUGUUGCAGUGUUCACAUUUCAGAGUCUAUGACACAGAUUUGGGGGGUUUGGGGGUUGUGUACAAAAUGUGAGCUUUUUAUCUGCAAACUGUCUCUGUAAAUAUGUUUUGGCCAAUAUUUUUUGGUUCUCUUUAUUUUGCUAUCAUUUGAAGAUGUUAAUGGUUUUAUUGUAACUUUUAAUAAGGAUAAAUAAAUGUUUGAUCCCCUCUG